AUGGAGAAUAUACCUAACGAAACAAGGUCUGAAGAUGGAACAGGCACAUUUUUGGUUUUCUGGACACUGUUCAACGAAACGCAGAACUUGGAUGUCGCGGACACCUCGAACACCUCGUGGACAAACUCUUCUGUGGGUAACUUACUGGUGAUCCUCGUCAUCUUGCUUUACUCCAGUAGGUCGUCUCUACCGAAUAUUUACAUCAUCAACUUGGCGAUUGCAGAUUUCCUUUUUAUGUUGACAAUACCAUUCCUUGCUUAUCUGUAUAUCGAACAAAACUGGGUAUUCGGACGUGUCAUUUGCAAACUUGUCAUGAGCGUCGAUGGAAUGAAUCAGUUUGCCGGUGUGCUCUUUCUUACCGCUAUGAGCUUUGAUCGAUAUUUAGCAAUCGUCCGGCCAAUUUCCUCACUGAAAGUUCGUUCUGUGCGUAAAACUCGCCUCCUGUGUACCGCUGUGUGGGGCUUUUCUGUCGUUCUAUGCUUGCCGUUAUGGAUGUACACUGACGUGGUUCUUAGUCAUAACGAGAGACAGAACACGUGUGGGAUCUUUUGGCCACAGACUCUCAGAAAAACGUUCGUGGUCUAUGCGUUCGCAGUUGGGUACAUAUUGCCAUUGCUCGUUAUUUCGACCUGCUAUUUCGCGAUCUUGGCCCAAGUAUCGAAAAAGGCACUGCCUGGUAUGGGGAACAAGAGACAGAGAAGUUCCCGACGAGUUGCAGUGUUAGUCAUCGUUGCCGUCAUAGUUUUCGCUAUUUGUUGGCUUCCGUUUUACGCCAUACAACUUUACAUUGAGUUUUUCUUGGAAGCCGCUAUGCCUUCCAUGACUGCGACGAUUGUCUAUUACGUCAGUAUUUGCCUGAGUUAUUCAAAUAGCGCACUAAAUCCGUUCGUUUAUACGUUUGUAGGAAAAAUGUACAGAGAAAAUAUUAAGCGUUUAUUGAGAUGCAAAAUCAAGACAAACGGAUCCGCACCAGGCUCCAGUCAAAUUUCCUGUCAAACAGCAAUUUCGUCGGACACAAGACUAUAG